CGAGGUAGCGGCUCGAGCUGAUGUUUGACUGCAAGCUGACUCCGCAAGCAUCUCUCUGUAUCUCCCGAUCCUCCUCAGGCCCGCACCUGGACACACCGUUUCCUGCCCUCUGGAGAGGAGAGGAAUACAGCCAACUGCAGGGAUGAGAGGGUGAAGGAAUGAAAGCAUGAAUAGUCCACAGAGAGAGAGAGUCGGAAAGCCGUGAAUCCACAGUGGAUGUGAUAGUGGAGAGGUGCGCAGCAGACAAUACUUCAACUGGGAUUUCAAAGAGAAAACUAAAAGGACAACGGUUAAAACCGUUAGACAUGAGAUUCAGCUGGUGAAUAUAGACCCUCUCUCUGGUCGUCGCGAGAGCAUCUUGGUUUGGGUAAUACAUUUGUUCUCUAGCUCGUGUCGCUCACGCUCUUGACCGGUGCGCGCCUCCCCAUCUUUCCCACGCGAGUGAAUCUGAUGAGUUCGGGUGGCGGUGUGUUGUUUCGCCGCAGCACGCGUACGCGCCCAGACUUUUCGCGCUUAGCAGCAGCAGCAUGUCCUCGCGAAAGAUCUCUUCGGAGUCGUUCAGCUCGAUGGGCUCGGAGUGCCUGGAGAGCCCCGGAGAUGAUGGCGACUCCUGCCCCUUUUCACGCAUCUGGAACGGCAAGAGCCCGGUGGAGAAGCUCGCGUGCCCGUUCGAGGACGCACCGGGACCCAAACGGGCGAACAGACGGAAGCGCGUGAACCUGGACUCGCUUGGGGAGAGCUUGAGGAGGUUAACGUCGCCCACGACACAGAUGGUUCAACAGUCUUUACAGAGAACCUUAGAGUUCUACAGACAGAAAGAGAUCAGGUGCAGAGAGGAUGGGAAGGAGGAAAAGAAAAGUGUUACUUUGGAGAAGUGUCCCUUUGUGGAUCAUUCUGGUUCUGGAGAAGAGGCAGACAUCUCUGGAGUACUACAGUACAUGGCUACUCUACAGGGUGUGCGGUUCUGUGAGCUGAGGGAGCGUUUCGGGGAGGAGUUCUUCGGUCUGUGUUUCGAGGAGAACGAGCGUGUUCUAAGAGCGGUGGGAGGGAACCUGCAGGACUUCUUUAACGGCUUUGACGCCAUCUUAGAACACAUCAGAACCUCGACCGGACGCCGUGCCUCCUCAGAGAGCCCCUCCUUUCAAUGCAAAGACCCUCACCAGGAGGAGAGAGGAGGAGGAAGAGGAGGAGGGGAGAGGGUGGGAGGAAAGCUUCUCCUCCUCCACUGCUUUAACCCCGCCCCUGUCGUGGGAUUGGCUAUGCCUGGUCUGAUUCGAGGUGUCGCACGCCGAAUCUUCCACUCUCACGUUGUGGUGAAGGAAGCCCCUCCCCUAGCGUCCUUGUCACCCAAUGAGGACGCAGAACACUCAGGAGGAGACUCCAUCCCUACUCCCACCGCUUCUCCUUCCUCGUCUCCCUCACCCCCUUCAUUGUCUGCCCCCGUCUCACUGUCCUUCCUCAUCAGAGAAACCUUCCCCUCCUCUUCCUCCAUCCCUCCCUCUGUCACCCUUCCAUCAGAGACCUCCAAGCAGACCCUCCAGCCCCUCUCCCUCUCCCCCACUGACCUGCGCAUCGGUCCGGCUACAUUCUGCAGGGCCUUCCCCUUCCACCUGGUGCUGGGCCCCAGCAUGGAGCUGCUUCAGCUAGGGGAAGGUCUGAGGAGGCAGGCUCGGAUCGAGCCUCACCGGACCCUCUCAUUCAGGGACUGUUUUGAGAUUAUCUCUCCCAGGAUCCAGCCCACCUUCCAGGCCAUACUGCUGCGCCUGGCCUCCCCCUUCACCAUCCGCACCCGACCAGACUGCUCCCAGUCAGGCACCAAGGAGAAGGUGAUGGAGGUGAAGGGUCAGAUGAUUCAUGUCCCAGAAUCCUCUACUCUGAUGUUCCUGGGUUCCCCCCGGGUGGACAAGCUGGAGGAGCUGAUGGGCAGGGGCCUCUACCUGUCAGACAUCCCCAUCCACGACGCCACGCGUGAUGUCAUACUGGUGGGACAGCAGGCCAAGGCACAGGACGGCCUCAAGAACAGGAUGGACAAACUCAAGGCAACUCUAGAAAAGACACACCAAGCUCUAGAAGAGGAGAAGAGGAGGACAGUAGACCUUCUCUACUCCAUCUUUCCUGGUGACGUGGCCCAGAAGCUGUGGCAGGGGGAGUCUGUCCCCGCCAGGAAGUUUGAUGAUGUCACCAUGCUGUUCUCUGACAUCGUGGGCUUCACGGCAGUGUGUGCCCAGUGUACCCCCAUGCAGGUCAUCAGCAUGCUCAACGAGCUCUACACACGCUUCGACUACCAGUGUGGAAUACUGGAUGUGUAUAAGAUUGAGACUAUAGGCGAUGCCUACUGUGUUGCGGGCGGGCUCCACCGGAAGAUUGACAGCCAUGCCAAGCCAAUCGCACUCAUGGCCCUGAAGAUGAUGGAGCUGUCAGAGGAGGUGUUAACGCCGGACGGCAAGUCCAUCAAGCUGCGUAUAGGUAUCCAUACAGGCUCAGUGUUGGCGGGGGUGGUUGGGGUGAGGAUGCCCAGGUACUGUCUGUUUGGCAACAAUGUCACACUGGCCAGCAAGUUUGAGUCUGGGAGCCACCCUCGAUGCAUCAACGUCAGCCCAACCACAUACUGGCUGCUGAAAGAUGAUUGCUCCUUCUCUUUCGUCCCUCGUUCCCGGUUGGAGCUUCCUGAUAAUUUCCAAAGGAGAUCCCGGGGAACAUGCUACUUCCUGGAGGGAGGGACUUCCCAUAGCCACACCUCCCUGACAAGUUCCCGUUCCGCCCCCCCAGAGCCCCUGAGGAAAGUGUCCUACAGCAUCGGCACCAUGUUCCUGCGAGAGACCAGUCUAUAGGCUCCCAAAACACAGACACACACACACUGCAUCAACACACACACACACACACACACACACACACUGCAUCAACACACACACACACACACACACACACACACUGCA